AUAAAUAUAUGCACUCCAAGUUACAAAUCCGAGAAACAUUCAUACACCUACUCGAUCUAUUUUUUUGUUCUUUCCAUUCUAAAAUCCUCCACGCAUAUAUACGGGUCUCAUGGAUCAAGAAGCUGAUAACUUGAUCAAGACUAAUUCAGAACUAUAUAAAGCUCUAAUGAUGAAGAAGGAUGACGAAAAGGUGCUUGAGAUAUGUGCAAGCAUCACCAAGGGCCCUCUGCAUACAAUCACGAUACACCAAGACACUGUGAUCCAUAUUGCUGUUUACCACAAGAAAACCAACCUAGCCCUCUCUCUUCUUGAUAUGGUGCCUCACUGCGAUACUCACAGACUCACUUGGCAGAAUAGCAACGGAAGCACCAUCCUUCAUGAAACUGGCACUAACAAUAGUACGGUUAGCGUUGCCAAGGAAUUGCUACGCAGGGCUCCUAUGUUGCUGGGUAUGAGCAACAAGCAAGGUGAGACUGCAUUGUUCUAUGCAGCUCGCCAUGGCAAGUCAAAAAUCUUUAAGUACCUUCAUGAUGAAGUCAUGAGGACAAAUCAAGGACCAGAUAUGAAAACCUUUCUCAUAAGGGAUGAUAAGUCCACCAUCCUGCAUCUUGCCAUUCUUAGCAGAAACUACUGGAUGGCACAUGAAAUAGCGAUCAAGCAUAAACGUUUAAUUUAUGAAAAGGAUGAAGACGAGAUGACCCCCCUUCAACUUCUUUCAUGCCGUCAACUGAAUCUUUUGCCCAAGAGAUACAUCACUCGCAAGAUAUAUAAUUUAAUUGACCCAAAUGUGGAAGACACUAGCCAGAUGUUGUCAUUUCUAAAAAAAAUGCGCAAAAACAAGUUUAGAUAUGAAUGGGGAAUGAAACUAAUAAAGUUGCUGGUAAAAGAAGACACAUCAUGGGAAAAUACUGAAGCAAGGGUUGGAAAGCACAGAGUCAAGUUCCAUGAAUAUGGAAAGAAAACAUCCACAACUCAAGCAGAAAAAAUAACAACGAUUGAAGCCGGAAUUCGAUUGCCUCAUACGCCGUUACUGUUAGCAACUAAACACGGGUGUACGGAGAUUGUUGAGGAGAUACUCCAACAGUACCCUCAGGCAAUAGAACAUAUCGAUCAAGAUGGUCGCAAUAUUUUACAUGUAGCAAUCAUGAACCGUAACCAUGAAGUUUUUGAAUUGUUGAUGAAUAAGAAGUAUACGACAGAGAGAUUGAGGGGGAAGAUCGAUAACGAUGCAAAUACAUUGUUGCAUAUGGUUGCUAAAGAGAUACCAGAUGUUGAUGCAGAGUUAAGAGGACCUGCAUUCGUUCUUCAAGAUAAUAUCCGUAUGUUUAAGAAAGUGGAAGGUAUAUGUACAACCUUGGAUAGAAUGAAACGUAACUCCAAAUCAAAGACUGCCGAGGAAGUCUUUAAUGAGCAUUACAAUCAACUCCGCGCGGACGCCAAAGAGUGGAUGCUUGAGAACUCGAAAAACUACACAGUUGUGGCAGUGUUGAUUGCGACUGUUGCCUUUGCUGCUGCGUACACGGUACCGGGGGGUCUAGAUCCUAACACGGGUCAACCAGUUCUCAAGAAAAAAACGUUGUUCUUCUAUUUUACGGUGGCGGAUGCAGUGUCGCUCUCUGCAGCUCUGACGUCAGUCAUCAUGUUUCUCAAUAUAAUUACAUCGUCGUAUAGGUUUAAGGAUUUUGAGAAAUCUCUUAUUUGUAAGAUGAAUUCAGGACUUACAAUGUUGAUGAUCUCUGUCGCGAUGUUGAUGGUGGCAUUUGCAGUGACACUUAUUCUAACCAUAACUAGUGGCAGAGAAUGGACUGACAUCACCUUGUAUGCGGUCUCCUUCUUCCCGGUACUUGUUUUCAUAUUCUCGUAUUUUGAGUUUCAGAAGAUACAACUUUUGUCUCCCCUUCGGAAAUCCAAACAUAUCAUACGAAACAUUCUCUCCAAGUUUAGUGAUCCAAAACCUGCAGUUUGGUAUUCUGGAGUACGAGCUAGGACUACUCCUCCUCCUCCUCCAGCGAUUAUUUAAUGUGAUAACCAUUUAAUUAACAUGUCGUAAUUGUUGUAUUAAUAAGUUUUCAUCCGCUUUAAUCGUUCAUUAUUACUUCUGUAAUUAAGUUUAUGUUGAUAUAUGUGAUACGACAUGUACAUGUUACACGAAUUUUUAUCAAAUAAGAAUAAGCUGUUGGUCAA